CCUUUAGCAUCUCAACUGUUUUUCCUGGAAAGUAGUACAAAAUUGAUUCAUAAUCAAUGAGUCCCUUUUUCCUCUGUUGAUUCAUUAGUUUAGAUAGUAAUUUGGUGUCUCUGAUUGAGAAAGACUUCACCAUGAUAAGCUUCCUAAUUCGAGUCAGAAGUUGGAGCUUUCUGCUCCUUCUCCACUUGAUCUCAACUAUAAGUUGUUCAAGAAUCUUCAUAAGCUUCUCUGACAAAGGAAAGUCAGUUCCUUCGAACUCUGAGAGAGUGGUCUGGGAUUCUUUACAAAGUGUAUUCAGUGCAAGAAACAUCUCUAUAAAUAUUCGUUUUAAAUUUGUUAGGAGAGAAAGUUUGAACAUCCUAGCGAAUGAUUUUUGUCAAAACUUAAUGAUUAACUAGGCUUCUCUAUGAGGAAACCUAAAUCUGUAAAUAAAUAUUUGUCUGUUAGGAUGAAUUUGAUCUUAUUAAUAAUUGAGGCUAAGGUUACACAAGUUUCUUUUUGGUUUUUAAUUAUUAAGCAGAAUACUUCAGGGGCUUACCUCUAUCAUGCUUUUUGCAAAACCUCUUUCUGUUGUCAAAAGAUUUAGCUUUCUGGAUGUUCUUGUUCUUUCUGGAUCGUCUCUUAGGCUUUCUCUUUCUUGAUAUCUUCUUUUUAGUAAGCUUGAUUUCUUCAAUCUCAGAAUUCUCUAUUCGUAAAGACUUCAGGAUCUCUUUAUGCUGAAUAUCUUCUACUAAUUCUUGUGUGUUUCAAGAAGAGUGACUCUUUUCAGAAGAUCCUUCAUCUCCAAAGAGUUUAUCUUGAGAACAUGAGGUGCCAAAUAGCUGAUCGAAAGGAUCUAUUCCACUUCAUUUCUUCUGAACUACCUCAUGAAGGUCGAGGUCACAGAUCGAGGGGAAGUCGUUUAGCAUUUUGAAGUCUUCUUGACCAAGUUCUGGCAUUCCACUAAGUGAACA